CUAAUUUGAAAUUAACUAUAUACGUAAUAAAUUUUACUCAUUAUGGAUGUGUUGCCUACUCAAAGACAACCUCCUAAAUCAGCUAAAGCAUCCACGUCAUCUUCGUUGGGCGCAGGCGUCAAUCGUGAUCAACAAGUAGAAAAAUUACUAAAGGAAGUAAAGCAAUUAAAGCAAAAAGUCGAUAUUUUAGAUAAAGAAAAUAUAGCUUUAAAGAAAAGCAUCUAUGACUUAUCUGCUAGAUAUGCUGCCUCUAUUUCCCAAGGCGGCUUAACCUAUCGACCAGGUCCAUUUGUCAUUGAUAAUGAAAUGUCAACAACUAACAAUAAUAAAGCACAAGAGAUGAUUACAAAAGUUGUACAAGAAGCAGGUGGUGACAUGGAGCCUUUUCAAUCAAUUUAUCCUCUUGAUUCAAGAGACGGGAAACUUUUUCAAAUGCGCUAUGAACUCAAGGGUCAUACAGGUGCUGUAUAUACUGUAGAAUUCUCUCCUAAUGGUGCACUUUUAGCUUCUGGUUCAUUUGAUAAAACAGUUCGUAUUUGGGAUACAGCUUCAGCCCAAAAGGAGAUGUUUUGCUUAAAGGGGCAUACGUUAAAUAUAUCAGGAUUAGCAUGGACAUCUGAUUCAUCUAUGCUAUUAUCAGGAGCAUUUGAUGAAACAUGUAAAACAUGGGACGUAGAAAGUGGGAAAUUAAACAAAAGUUAUGACACAGAGGGACUUGUGCAAUGUGUAGGUUGGGAUUUUGUAGACUCCAAUAUAUUCUAUUACGGUACAUCAAGGAAAGUAUUAGCUAUGGUUGAUAUUCGGUCAGAAGAAAGUGCAUCCAUUAUCAUAAGAAAUGAUGCUAUGAUAAAUACAUUAUAUGCUUCAAGAGAUGGUGUUCAUGUAUUGACAGGUGAUGCAAUGGGCAUGCUUAAAGUAUGGGAUGUUCGAUCAAAACAGUGUAUAUCCUCUAAAUUGAAUGAUCCAUCAAAAAUGCCAAUCACUCAUAUUUCUAUCGGUAGAAGAAGUACGGAUGCAUCAAGAAGAGCAAUUGAUGAUUACGAUGAACCUCGAUAUAUGGCAUUGAAUAGCUAUGACAAUUUAUUAAGAGUAUAUGAUCGUGGUAUGGAUCCUCCUAAAUCAGAUCUUCGUUUAGUUCAUACAUUAAAAGGAUUCAAGAAUAAAAAUUGGCCUAUUAAAUCAUCAUUUUAUUGUGGUAGUGGAUAUAAUUCAUCUAUUUUAAGUAAACCAUCUAUGGCAAAUGGCGUUUAUGCAGACUCAGACUUAAUUACUAAUAAUUCAACUGAUUAUUUAUUUGAUACACAUGAGCCUAAAGAAGAAAAGAGUGUUUUACUGGCAACAGGCAGUGCGGAUCCAUAUGCUUAUCUCUAUAAUGUUGGUGAAGACAGGGCUGAACUGAUGCAGCGCUUAGAAGGUCAUACUGAUCGUGUUUAUUCAGUCAAUUUUCAUCCUACAGAACCUAUUUUAGCAACUUGUUCGGCUGAUUUUACUGUCAAAAUAUGGGGUCCAAGUUUAAAUAGAGGAAAAAGAAGACAACAAUUAAUUAAAAUAAUAAUAAUAAUAAUUUUGUACAUAUAGUAAUAAACAUAGCCCUUUUCUUUCUUUC